GGCUCGGCUCGGCUCGGCAUGGCAGCUCCCGCCCGCCGCAGCCGGCCCCGCCGCGCCGCCCCGCUGCAGCCGCCGCCGCCGCCCGCGCCCCCGCCCGCUCCGCCGCCGCCGCCGGCCCCGCUGCUGCCGCUGCUGCUGCUGCUGGCCAGCGGGCCCGGCUCGUCCGCGUCGCGGGAGCCCGACAGCCCGUGCCGGGUGAAGACGGUCACCGUGUCCACGCUGCCGGUGCUCCGCGAGAACGACAUCAGCUGGAGCGGCUCCCCGCCCGCCGCCGCCCCCGGCCCCGGCCCCGGCCCCGCCGAGUCCCGCCUGCUGCUCUUCGUCCGCAACGAGCUGCCCGGGCGCAUCGCGGUGCAGGACGACCUGGACAACACGGAGCUGCCCUUCUUCACCCUGGAGAUGUCUGGGACUGUAGCUGACAUUUCCUUGGUGCACUGGAAGCAGCAGUGGCUGGAGAACGGUACCCUCUAUUUCCACGUCUCCAUGAACAGUGCUGAGCAGCUGUCCCGGGUUACACCGCCCACCCUCCAAGAGCCUUCUGAGAUAGUGGAGGAACAGAUGCACAUUCUUCACAUCUCUGUCAUGGGCGGCCUGAUUGCUCUGCUCUUGCUCCUGCUGGUGUUCACAGUAGCGCUGUACGCCCAGAGGCGCUGGCACAAACGUCGCCGGAUCCCCCAGAAGAGCGCAAGCACCGAGGCCACCCACGAGAUCCACUACAUCCCUUCAGUGCUGCUGGGGCCACAGGCCCGGGAGAGCUUCCGCAACUCCCGCCUGCAAGCCCACAACUCCGUCAUCGGCAUGCCCAUCCGCGAGACCCCUAUUCUGGAUGACUACGAGGAUGAGGACGAGGACGAGAACCCUCGGCGGGCAGAGUCCAGCACCCGGGAGGAUGAGUUUGGCAGCCAAGUGACCCGGACUCUGGAGAGCCUAGGCAGGGGCGGGGAGGAGAGGCCUGACUAUGAGAAGAAAGCCACCGAGGUGACGCAGGAGACAGUGGAGUCCCUGAUGCAAAAGUUCAAAGAGAGUUUCCGCACUAACACGCCCAUUGAGAUUGGCCAGCUCCAGCCAGCGUUGCGCAGCACGUCGGUGGGGAGACGGAAACGCAGGAGCAGGCCCCGAGCUCCUAGCACAAUGGGGUCUUGGUCCACGACUGGAGAAACAGAGCGCUAUGGCACUACGCGUUUGUGUCAGGGCUUUAAAGAGAUGGGAGGAAUGGCAGCCGGAUGGUGCUUUCCCGGUGGGAUCGGGUUUGGACGUGCUAAAGGAAACUCUGGCUCUGAGGCAGACGAUGAAACUCAACUGACCUUCUACACUGAGCAGUAUAGGAGCCGGAGACGAAGCAAAGGUUCUGUGAAGAGUCCUGUGAACAAGACGGCUCUGACUCUUAUCACAAUCAGCUCCUGCAUCCUGGCCAUGGUAUGCGGCACUCAGCUGUCCUGCCCACUAACGGUGAAGGUGACUCUUCAUGUUCCUGAGCACUUCAUUGCAGAUGGAAGCAGUUUUGUCGUGAGUGAGGGAAGCUACCUGGACAUCUCCGAUUGGUUAAAUCCAGCCAAGCUGUCCCUUUACUAUCAGAUUAAUGCCACGUCUCCUUGGGUGAGAGAUCUCUGUGGACAGAGGACUACAGAUGCCUGUGAGCAGCUCUGUGAUCAAGAGACCGGAGAGUGCAGCUGCCAUGAAGGCUAUGCCCCUGACCCAGUGCAUCGACAUCUGUGUGUGCGCAGUGAUUGGGGACACAGUGAAGGGCCUUGGCCCUACACAACACUUGAAAGGGGCUAUGACUUAGUCACAGGAGAGCAAGCACCAGAGAAAAUACUCAGGUCCACCUAUAGUUUGGGCCAGGGGCUCUGGCUGCCGGUCAGUAAGAGCUUUGUGGUUCCACCCGUGGAGCUUUCUAUCAAUCCUCUUGCCAGCUGCAAGACAGAUGUACUGGUGACAGAAGACCCAGCAGAUGUCAGGGAAGAAGCAAUGUUGUCCACCUACUUUGAAACCAUCAAUGACCUGCUCUCCUCCUUCGGGCCAGUCCGAGACUGCUCGCGCAACAAUGGCGGCUGUACCCGCAAUUUCAAGUGUGUUUCAGACCGCAAGGUGGACUCCACGGGCUGUGUGUGUCCAGAGGAGCUGCGGCCCAUGAAGGAUGGCACCGGCUGCUAUGACUACUCCAAAGGGAUUGACUGCUCCGAUGGCUUCAAUGGUGGCUGCGAGCAGCUGUGUCUCCAGCAGACCCUUCCUCUGCCACAUGAUCCCUCAUCCAGCACAAUCUUCAUGUUCUGUGGUUGCGUGGAGGAGUACAAGCUGGCCCCAGAUGGCAAAUCCUGCAUCAUGUUGUCCGACAUCUGUGAGGGCCCCAAAUGCCUGAAGUCGGAUGCUAAAUUUAAUGACACCCUCUUUGGUGAGAUGCUUCAUGGAUAUAACAACAGGAGCCAGCAUGUCAACCAAGGCCAGGUGUUCCAGAUGACUUUCAGGGAAAAUAACUUCAUCAAAGACUUCCCCCAGCUGGCAGAUGGUUUGAUGGUGAUCCCGCUGCCCGUGGAAGAACAGUGCCGUGGCGUCCUGUCCGAGCCCCUGCCUGACCUCCAGCUGCUCACUGGAGACAUCAAGUACGAUGAGGCAAUGGGCUACCCGAUGGUGCAGCACUGGAGGGUCAGAAGCAACCUGUACAAAGUGAAGCUCAGUUCCAUCACCCUCUCUGCAGGAUUUGCAAAUGUCCUGAAGAUCCUCAACAAAGACAGCAGUCGGGAAGAGCUGCUGUCCUUCAUUCAGCAGUAUGGCUCCCAUUACAUCGCAGAGGCGCUGUAUGGAUCGGAGUUCAGCUGCACCAUCCACUUCCCCAGCAAGAAGGUACAACAGCAGCUUUGGCUCCAGUAUCAGAAAGAAACAACUGAACUUGGUAACAAGAAGGAGCUCAAGUCCAUGCCGUUUAUCACCUACCUCUCAGGCCUGCUGACAGCUCAGAUGUUGUCGGAUGACCACCUGAUCUUGGGCGUGGAGAUUCACUGUGAAGAGAAGGGGCGCUGCCCCUCUACCUGCCACCUGUGUAGGCGUCCUGGCAAGGAGCAGCUCAGCCCUACCCCGGUCCUGCUGGAGAUUAACCGCGUGGUGCCACUGUACGCUUUAAUCCAAGACAACGAUACCAGGGAGGCUUUCAAGGGAGCCCUGAUGAGCUCAUACUGGUGCUCAGGAAAAGGAGAUGUGAUCGAGGACUGGUGCAGGUGUGACCUCAAUGCCUUUGAUGAGAAUGGACUCCCAAACUGCAGCCCUCUCCCUCAGCCUGUGUUGCGUCUGUCUCCCAAUGUAGAGCCCUCCAGCACAGUGGUCUCUCUGGAGUGGCUGGAUGUCCAGCCUGCAAUUGGGACAAAAGUUUCUGACUAUGUCCUUCAACACAAGAAGGUUGAUGAGUACACAGACACUGACCUCUACACAGGAGAAUCCUUGAGCUUUUCUGAUGAUUUGCUCUCUGGCCUUGCAACGUCCUGCGUGGCAGCUGGUAGGAGCCAUGGAGAGGUCCCUGAGAUCAGCCUCUAUUCGGUCAUUUUCAAGUGCCUGGAACCUGAUGGCCUGUACAAAUUUACUCUGUAUGCUGUGGACACCCGAGGGAGGCAUUCAGAGCUGAGCACCGUCACGUUGAGGACAGCCUGUCCACUGGUAGAUGAUAACAAGGCGGAAGAGAUAGCUGACAAAAUCUACAACCUCUACAAUGGCUACACCAGUGGGAAGGAGCAGCAAACAGCCUAUAACACACUGAUGGAGGUCUCUGCGUCCAUGCUCUUCCGAGUUCAGCACCAUUACAAUUCACACUAUGAAAAGUUUGGAGACUUUGUUUGGCGCAGUGAGGAUGAGCUGGGACCCAGGAAAGCGCACCUGAUCCUAAGGAGGUUGGAGAAAGUCAGCAACCACUGCUCGACCCUGUUACGCAGUGCCUAUAUCCAGAGCCGCACCGAAACCAUGCCCUACCUGUUCUGCCGCAGUGAAGAGGUUCGGCCACCCGGCAUGGUCUGGUACAGCGUCCUAAAAGACACCAAAGUGACAUGUGAAGAGAAGAUGGUUUCCAUGCUGCGCAACAUGUACGGAGAGUCCAAGGGGCGGUGAGGGAAGAUGUCGGCCUGAAGCUGUGGAAGGCAAAGGGACUCCAAGGAGUCAAGAACUUGUGAUAUCCUGAAUAGCUGGUGGGAUGUGGGGGAAGGGUGACGUUCGGAGGGGUUGGAGGGGACAGCAAGGCCGAACGGGACUUUCUCACUAAGAUGGUGGAGAAACGAGAAAUCAGCAAGUUGGACUUUAAUUUCCUUUUUUUAUUUUUAAAGAGAAAAUACCUAAUUUGACUCAGCAUAAAAGUCUCUCCUUUUUAAUCUUUUCUUACUGAAUUUCCUGGACUACACACAUGAAAUCCGAGUGGAGGAGAAAUCCAAAAGAGCCAGGGCCACACCAGGGAGUGAACUGGGAGAGGGGAGAGAUUGACUUGGGCAUGACCUCCCCUGCUAGCCCUGGAAGCGAAUGGGCUAGGAAAGGGGAGGUGGGUGGUGAACUGCCUCGGUGCAUCAAGGAGAAAAAAGAAACACCUUGGUUCUGGGAGGCGCCAUGAGAAGCUGGAGGCACCAUCCUGAAUGUGGAGGUCAUGGAGAUUCAUUCCAGGCAAGUGCCAGGACAUUGCAGGCAAACUGUUUUUUUAACACUCCCAAGUUUACAGAACUGUUCCUUGGGGAACCUUCAUUUGCAGGGUUCCUGACAGGUUGUUCUGUGCAUUAAAGAUUCAUAUUAAGUCCA